AUGAAGAAGGAGAACUUGUGCUUGUAUGGAUUUCCCAGUGAGCAGUGGGAGGUCAAUUUACCUGCUGAAGAAGUGCCUCCAGAACUCCCAGAGCCUGCUUUGGGCAUUAACUUUGCUAGAGAUGGGAUGCAAGAGAAGGACUGGCUAUCUUUAGUUGCUGUCCAUAGUGAUGCAUGGUUGCUUGCUGUGUCCUUCUAUUUUGGUUCCAGAUUCGGGUUUGAUAAAGCUGACAGGAAGCGGCUUUUCAAUAUGAUAAAUGAUCUCCCUACUAUAUUCGAAGUUGUGAAUGGUGCUGCAAAGAAACAACAGAAGGAGAAAUCUUUGGUUCCAAAUAAUAGUAACAACAAAUUGAAGUCAAACUCUAAAGUGCGGGGAUCUGAAUCCCAGGGUAAAUAUUCGAAGUCCCAACCAAAAGAUGAAGAAGAGGGCUUGGAGGAGGAAGAUGAGGAGGAGCAUGGGGAGACCUUGUGUGGGGCAUGUGGUGAGAAUUAUGCAUCUGAUGAAUUCUGGAUAUGUUGUGAUAUAUGUGAGAAGUGGUUCCAUGGCAAGUGCGUGAAGAUUACACCGGCUAGGGCUGAACAUAUCAAGCAGUACAAGUGCCCGUCGUGCAGCAACAAGAGAGCUCGCACCUGA